AGGUAAGGCUCUACAAGGAAGAAAAAUACACCAGCGUGUGUAACGUUAACUGAUCAACACUGCGCGAGCAGAUCUGCUGCUCUGGUCCACCCUGGGCAUCUACUGCAGUGUUUAGGAAAGCUUGUACAGCAAUUGGACAUCAUGACUGCAGAGGAGACGAUUAACAUCAAGGAAGCAGAGAUCAUCAAGCUCAUCCUGGAUUUCCUCAACUCCCGAAAGCUCCACAUCAGCAUGCUAGCCUUAGAGAAGGAAAGCGGCGUUAUUAACGGGCUCUAUUCGGAUGAUAUGCUCUUCCUCAGACAACUGAUACUAGACGGACAGUGGGAGGAGGUUCUUCAGUUCAUUCAGCCGUUGGAGAAUAUAGACAAAUUUGACAAGAAGAGGUUUCGUUUCAUCAUUCUGAAACAGCGGUUCCUGGAAGCACUUUAUGUAAAUAACGCCAUAUCUGCGUCCGAUGACCCUCAAAACCUUGAGCUAACCAUGCAAGAGGCCGUAAGGUGCCUGAGUGCUCUGGAGGAGUUCAGUCCAUCCAAAGAAGCCUACAGCAAACUCUGCCUGCUGUUGACACUCCCUCAGCUCACGCACCAUGUCGAGUUUAAGGACUGGAACCCGAGUACAGCACGUGUGCGCUGCUUCGACGAGGCGUGCUCUUUGGUGGCCGAGUUCAUCCCAGCUGACCGCAAGCUCAGCGAGGCCGGGUUUCGGGCCGGCUCAGACCGCCUCUUCCAGCUGCUGGUUAAGGGCGUGCUGUAUGAAUGUUGUGUGGAGUUUUGCCAGAGCAAGGCGACAGGUGAAGAGAUUGGCGAGGCUGAGGUUCUCCUGGGCAUUGAUGUGCUAUGUGGCAAUGGCUGUGAUGAACCCGACCUGAGCCUGAUCUCUUGGCUGCGCAAUCUUGCCCCCGCCACCUUUACGUGCGCCUUCGAGCAGAAGAUGCUCAAUAUCCAUGUUGACAAGAUGAUAAAGCCAGAACGGGCAGGCCACAGUGAUCUGCUCGUUCCGCUCCUUGCCAAGUUUUCACCUUCCCCGGUGUCACCACUCAGACACCCGCAGUCAGCUGAAGCGUACGUAUCGCGUUCCCUCAACCCAGCACUAGAUGGUCUGGCCUAUGGCUUGGCAGGGAGGGAGAAAAAAAUCACAGAGGGCAAUGGAAAAGAUGCAGUUCCGAUGUCGCACUCUUUUGCCAACUUUGGCUUGAGUGGCAGCCAUCACGUAGUGGACAGCAACUUUAUGGAGACACCAGACAGUUCUAGGUCACACACACGAGAAGAUAAACUCAACACUUCCGUAGAACCUAACACAUCCUGUCCCACUCAACCUGCCGAAAAACAUGGAGAUCUCCCUGGUACAGUUAAGAUGACAGAGGAGCAGCUGCAGGAGUUCCAGCGUCAGCGACUGCGUGUGCAGCAUCACUUGGAGCAGAAGCAGCAGCACAUGCAGCUCUACCAGCAGAUGUUGCUGGAGGGAGGAGUGCAGCAAGCCAGUCAGGCCUCGGGUGCCGGCCAGCACAACCUCACACAGACCUUCCUCAGCAGGUCCAUCCAAAAGCUGGAGGAGCUGAAUGUAGGCAUGGAAGACCUGGGGGAGAACGUGCAAGCCUUGGCCCAGCAGUGCAACGGCUCCCAGUCUGACGCGCAGCCCGUGCACACACCCGAAUCCGACGUAACGGGCAAAAACAAAACUGCUGUGACAAGCAGCACCCCUCAGAGAGGAGGCAUUCGAGGGAUGCCUUCCCUAGACGAGUCCCCAGUGAUGGUCAGCCGGAGUGUGUUUCAGGAGGAUAAGCCCAAGUCCCCGUUCAUAGCAGUGCACACACUGGAAGACACACAAGCUGUUCGAGCUGUCGCAUUUCAUCCUUCCGGAACUCUCUAUGCUAUCGGGUCGAAUUCCAAAACCUUGCGCGUGUGCAUGUACCCGCAGGACCUUACAGCCAGUGCAGGAAGUCCAGCGAGGCAGCCCGAAGUCUGCUUCAAACGCAACAAGCACCACAAAGGCUCCAUCUACUGUGUGGCUUGGAGUCCAUGUGGCCAGCUUCUGGCUACCGGCUCCAACGACAAAUAUGUCAAAGUCCUGCCUUUCAGCGCCGAGACCUGCAAUGCUACAGGGCCAGACCUGGAGUUCAGCAUGCAUGAUGGGACCAUUCGUGACCUGGCGUUCAUGGAGGGUCCAGAGAGCGGUGGUGCUAUUCUUAUUAGUGCUGGAGCUGGAGACUGCAACAUCUACACCACCGACUGCCAAAGAGGACUAGGAUUACAUGCACUCAGUGGACAUACAGGGCACAUCCUGUCCCUGUAUACAUGGAGCGGUUGGAUGGUAGCGUCUGGCUCUCAGGAUGAGACUGUACGUUUCUGGGACCUGCGUGUACCCAGCUGUGUGAAAGUGGUCAGGAGUGCCCUGCAUGGACCAGGAAGUGCAGUGGCUUCGGUGGCAGUCGACCCGACCGGACGGCUCCUGGCUGCAGGGUUGGAGGACAGCCGAUGUAUGCUCUACGACAUCAGAGGGGGUCGAACGGUCCAGACGUACAACCCCCACACCAGCGACAUCCGCUCUGUCCGUUUCUCCCCUGGAGCUCACUACCUGCUCACCGGCUCCUACGACAGCAAGGUCAUGAUUACUGAUCUACAAGGUGAUCUAACGAAGCCCCUUCCGGUAAUGGUGGCUGGUGAGCACAAGGACAAAGUAAUCCAAUGCCGGUGGCACACAAGAGACAUCUCCUUCCUGUCUUCUUCUGCAGACAAGACUGUCACGCUGUGGGCACACCACCCCUAACUUUUCCCUGGGAACUAGUUGUAACAGAAAAAGCACAAAUCACUCGGCCCUCUGUAAAACUUUAUAGACAGAAUCAUUCGUACAAAUUUAUAAAUAACUUUCCAUGUAAUAGGAGUAUGUCCUGCAUGUCCGCUGCUAAGAGAAGCGAGUCAACUGAGCCAACUAAUAAAAAUUGCUGUUUUUUUUUUUUUAGCAAACUACAGAGCUAUUAUUUGUGCUGAAAAAAAGUUUCAUUCUGAAUGUAUAAACUAUUUUGUGCCUUGAGUUGGGUCGUCCAUGGUUAUGCUCAUGAAUUUCAUUAUAUUUCCUGCUAUAAAAUUGGGCUAAAUAGUCACAAACACUACUUCUCAUCUGACAUUAUUUGGUAUGCUGGAAAUAUUAAUCUUGGCAGAGAUUCCUCAUGAAGCAGAUUUAACAUACAACUUUGGCAUGUGUGUUUAAAUGGCAUGUGAAGAUGGAUUUGUCUUAAACUCUGUACAUGUUUAGGACAUGUUUGGAUAUCAAAUACAGUAUAUAAUAAAAUGAAAGGUACGAAUAAGUUAUAUAAUGUAUUCAUAAUAUUUUAUGCUGUUUUAAAAUUUUUGUUCACUGUGUUUGCACUGUUGUAAAGCACCUUCAUUCUCCUUGUGUUUCAAAUGUUUAUUUGCUCAUUGAAACCAAGCUUUUGAAUAUUGACAGAAGAUCUACUAUUAAAAAGAUUAAUGCACAAUA